CAGACAAUAGCGGCUCCAGCUUUUGUGUCUCCGCAGCAUCCGCGCUACCGAAGCAUCAGAGGACACCGCACGCGCGGAGAGCUGGACUCAGGGACUGCAGCCUCACCGCGAUGAAUGUUGAGUCCUGGGCGGACCCUCGGGACCCGCAGCCGGACUCACCUGACCUCCAGACCCCGCAGCAGCCCGACAGGUUGUGCCUGGAGUCCUUCUGGAGCGAAGUGGAGACUAUACAGAGCGACUCGGAGCCGGACAGCAGCAGACGAGAUUCCCGACAGUCCGAAGACGGCGAGCAGGAGGAGCUCUGGCUGCAGGAUGCUGGUUUGUCUCCGCUGGUAACAGGUGAAGAAGAAGACGUCGAUAAAGCCGUCCUGUUGUCGACUCUCACUAAGACUCAAGCAGCGGCGGUUCAGAGACGCAUCGACUCGUACACCUGCUCGCUGCGCAAGAGGAACAAAAUGCCAGCGCGACACGUCAGAGACGUCUUUGCCUCCCCCAUUGCUCAGUCAGCAGUUGCUGAGACACACGACAGAAACAUGGAGAGUGUGACAAAGACACAACGAUCAGCUGUCAGCAGUCAGGAGACUCAAGGGCUGCAGAUGGACGAGAUCUUUAUCACAGACGUGGCGUAUUGUGAACAAGCAGCCGUCUUACUGAAACAAGCCAAACUACCACAGAACAACAGCAGCCAGUGCAGGAGAGACGACGGAGCGCUGCCGCGGGUCAUCUGUCCGCAGUGCCGGCUGGGAGUGACGCGGGUGCUGGAUCUUUCCCAGCAGGACAUGAAGAAGGUCCGUCAGCUGGCUCUGAUUGACAUGACGGCACUCUGCGACCUGCUGGGGCUCGAGGUCAAACGACACAAAACCUGCAAACGGAAAAUCCCUGAGAGCUGUUUGUUCGGCGUUCCUCUCGCCUCAUUGGUGGAGAGCGAUCAGAAGAUCAAACCCAACACUCAGAUCCCACUCUUCCUCCAAACACUUCUGUCGUUUCUGGAGAAGAAGGGUCUCGAUUCUGAAGGGAUUCUGCGGGUUCCAGGGUCUCAGGCCAGAAUCAAAGUGCUGCAGCAGAAGCUGGAGAGCUCGUUUUACAGCGGUUCGUUCAGCUGGGACGAGGUCAGUCCGAAUGAUGCCGCAGCGCUGCUCAAGAAGUUCAUCCGUGAACUCCCGGCGCCGCUGCUGACCGCCGAACACCUCAACACCUUCAGCGCCGUCAGAGAUAUUGCAGACCUGAAGCAGAAGCUGCACAUGUUGAAUCUUCUUGUGCUGCUGCUGCCAGAACCCAACAGAAACACACUGAAGGCGCUGCUGGAGUUCCUCAGUAAGGUGGUGUUAUGUGAGCGGCGUAACCGCAUGAACCUGUGGGCCGUCUCCACCAUCAUGGCUCCAAACCUCUUCUUGCACAAAGCUGUUCCCAGUAAACUAGCAGUGGACGGUUCAGAGAAGGGCCAGGCCGAGCGCGCGACCGACAUCAUGAGACUCCUCGUCCGCUACCAGGACCUGCUGUGGACGGUUCCUAACUUCCUGCUGAGUCAGGUGAGGAAGCUGAACGAGAACAGCAGCCGUCGCUAUCAGUUCUACGACAGACGCAUCAAGCACCUGCUCAGGAAGAUCCACACGGACAGCAGAGACAAACCAGACAAGAACUCCAGCGAGCAGUGUCGUACUGUAAAGAUCCAGCUGGCUGAUGUGAGUUUCUCGAUGGAGUUUCGUCUCACUAUUAAUUCUCGCGCUUCAGACCUGAUGUCACAGUUUUAUAAAGAACUACACACCUCUGACAACAGCAGAGGACUCCUGAAACGAAAUGGUUCAACAACCUACCUGGACUGUGCCAUCUAUGAAGUGGGUGGGAAUAUCGGUGAACAUUGUUUGGAUCCAGAGACUCAUUUGUUCGACCUGUACAACAACAACCCCGGCGGUGAGUGGAUCAUCAAACUGAGAUCGUCCAGCAGGGGGCAGUAGAGACCUUUGACCCCUGAGAGAACCAGAGUGUCUGUGAAUGUAUCUGAACACUGAGAUUCGUCUGAGGCCGCUCCGUUUAUGUCAUGAAGCUGGACUUCUGCAUUGUAUUUGGACUCUGUUGAUGUUGUGUUGUGCUGGUUUGAUGCUGAAGGGCCGCUGGAGAUUGUUGGAUUAUUUAUUAAGCACCAGAGCACCGCUGUGUUUGUAGAUGUGAUGAGUGAAUGUCUGAGGUGUUGUGCUGUACAGAUCUGGUGCCUCGCAGUAUUAAACACACGACGGUUCCCCAGCACGAGUCUCUCUCUCUUCUGUCGGCUUUACACCGUUUGAUCCAAAUUAUUACCUUCAGUACUACUUUUAAAUAUGUUAUUGUACUAUAUUGAAGCACUUCCAAGCUUUUUGACAUCUGUUUGUCUCUCUGAUAGAGUUUGCAUUUCUUUGACUCUAAAAUAAUGUUUAAGACACAUUCA